AUGGGCAUCCAGAGCAUAGCGCACGCGUGCUCGCACCUGCAGAACGCGACGCGGGCGCGGCUGGGGCUCACGUCGCUGCCCAGCAACAAGUACAACCUCAACCUGGCGCUCGCGCUGCACCGGGCGGGGCUGGUGGGCAGCGUGACGCGGGGCGGGCCGCAGCCGCCGCCGAUGGAGGCGCUGUCGUCGCUGGAGGCAGGGGGCGUGACGGAGCCGGUGACGACGGCCAACGUGGCGACGCGGCGGCUGUGGCUGGGGCUCAAGUACUGGGACAACGAGCCCGUGAUCCGCAACGUCAAGGUCGUGAGCAAGCCGUCGCGCCUGGUGACGGCCGCGCUGCCCGCCCUCGAGCGCGUCAGCCGUGGCCUGCCCGCCGACCAUCUCAAGGGCCUCAACCUCGGCGAGACCAUGUUCCUGGCCACGGACCGGGGCGUGCUCGAGAUCCGCGAGGCGCUGGCCAAGAAGGUCGGCGGCUUGGUGCUGUGCCGGGUGUCAUGA